AAUCACUUUUCCGUUUCUCUUCCUGUCUAAAAGUUAAAAAAGAUCACACUCACUUCUCACACCCCACUUGAUAGAACUUUAAACUAGUCGACUUCUCGAUUCUCUUCGCUUUAUACACUGUACAACCGAAUCUCUGUGUCUGAAAGUUUCCAUUUUUCGAUCUGGGCAUUUUCUAAAGCUCAUCUUUUUUUUCUUUUUAGUUUCUGAUCCAAGGUUCUUCUCCUUGAGUUCGCUUUGAGUUUUCAAAUAGUUACAUCUAAGGUUGUUCUGAAAAUAUGGCGUCUUGCUCUCCAACCAUGAAGCUUCAGUGUCCUAGUAGUCCCUUUGGUCUGAACAGAAAAGUCGUUUCUGCCUCUGGAAGAGUGAGUGCCUUCUGGGGAGCGGAGGUUGUCAACACCAAUCAUUUGAAGGCACAGUGUGGACCUCAAAAGGUUCAGACAAGGCUCAUUCGCUCUGUUCUCACCCCAUUUGUUGAACAAGACUCUCAUGAACCUCUGCUGAGAACUCCAAGAGCAGACCCAAAGAAUGUGGCAUCUAUCAUACUAGGUGGCGGUGCCGGGACUCGCUUGUUCCCUCUUACAAGCAAGAGAGCUAAACCUGCGGUGCCAAUUGGAGGGUGUUACAGGCUGAUAGAUAUACCAAUGAGCAAUUGCAUCAACAGCGGUAUUAGAAAGAUCUUCAUCUUAACUCAGUUCAACUCUUUCUCCCUCAAUCGCCACCUUUCUCGCACUUACAAUUUUGGCAAUGGUGUCAAUUUCGGUGAUGGGUUUGUUGAGGUUCUUGCUGCAACUCAAACUUCCGGAGAUGCAGGAAAGAAAUGGUUCCAGGGAACUGCUGAUGCUGUUAGGCAGUUUAUAUGGGUCUUCGAGGAUGCCAAGACAAAGAAUGUGGAACAUGUCUUGAUCUUGUCUGGUGAUCAUCUCUAUCGGAUGGAUUACAUGAACUUUGUGCAGAAGCACAUUGAGUCAAAUGCUGAUAUCACAGUUUCUUGUCUUCCCAUGGAUGAGAGCCGUGCGUCAGAUUAUGGGCUGCUUAAAAUUGACGAGUCUGGACAAAUCGUUCAGUUCUCGGAAAAGCCAAAGGGAGAUGACUUAAAGGCAAUGCAAGUUGACACUUCAGUUCUUGGCCUGCCACCAAAAGAAGCUGCAGAGCUCCCAUACAUUGCAUCCAUGGGAGUUUAUGUCUUUAGAAAAGAGGUGUUGCUAAAGCUUCUAAGAUCGAGUUAUCCUACAUCCAACGACUUUGGUUCAGAGAUCAUCCCAUUGGCCGUGAAAGAGCAUAACGUCCAGGCAUUUCUGUUCAAUGACUAUUGGGAGGAUAUUGGAACUAUAGGAUCAUUCUUUGAUGCCAAUCUAGCUCUCACUGAACAGCCUCCUAAGUUCCAGUUUUAUGAUCCAAAAACGCCAUUCUUCACAUCUCCACGGUUCUUGCCACCUACCAAAGUUGACAAAUGCAGGAUACUCGACUCCAUAAUUUCACAUGGAUGUUUCUUGAGGGAGUGCAGUGUGCAGCACUCUAUUGUAGGCAUAAGAUCACGUGUAGAGUCUGGUGUACAGCUUCAGGAUACAAUGAUGAUGGGAGCAGAUUUCUACCAAACAGAAGCUGAAAUCGCGUCUCUAUUGGCGGAAGGGAAAGUUCCUAUAGGUGUAGGCGAGAACACCAAGAUCAGGAACUGUAUCAUUGACAAGAACGCCAAGAUUGGGAAGAAUGUGAUCAUAGCGAAUGCUGAUGGUGUGGAAGAAGGAGAUAGGCCAGAGGAAGGGUUUUACAUAAGAUCAGGCAUAACCGUUGUGUUGAAGAACGCUACCAUUAGAGAUGGUCUGGUUCUUUAACUCUUAAACCUAUCGUAGGAGAACUGUAAAUCUCUUCCUGUGACUUUGAACGAGAGACGCUAUGUUCUAUGAAAAUAAUAUUUAAUAAAACAGGAGGGACACAUUUUUAAAAAUUGUCAUCAAAUACAUUUUAAAUAUGUUGUAAUCCAACUCACUAAAUUUUUUGGUGAUCUUCUAAUGGAG